CAUGUACAUCGUCUCUCAGUGUCCCGGAAGAUCUCGAGCAAACCAGAAUGGCGUUGAGUCUGUUGCGAGCCCUACGCACAUCAUCAAAUUUGGGGAGAAAAAAUACAAGAAGUCUGAGCCUCAUUCCCGGUCAAAUCAGCAACCACACUGCCAAAUGGAUGCAGGAUACAAGCAAGAAAUCUCCAAUGGAGUUGAUCAACGAAGUUCCACCCAUCAAGGUUGAGGGCAGGAUUGCCGCUUGUGAAGGAGAUAUUAAUCCUGCACUUGGGCACCCAAUUGAGUUCAUAUGCCUCGACUUGAAGGAACCAGCUGUCUGCAAGUAUUGUGGCCUACGCUACGUCCAGGAUCACCAUCAUUAAAGACUGCCUUCUGCUACAUAGUAUAUCAUCUUCUUGGAGCAUUUCAUUUCAUGCUUCUAAUUGUUAAAUCAAUGCUCUCCUGCUCUUUGUUUAAUAUCACAGAAUAAAGACUAUAUUUCCCAUGGUCGUUUGGGUUAAUGGAUUCGUGUAGAAACCCCAACAUGGUUUGGGGGCUGCUGCUGAUGAAUUGUAUUGGUCUUAUAUCAUUCUGGCUUCUGUUCUUAUUUGCUUUUGGACCU